CAAAAUAAUCAUGGGUACUUGUGGAGAUAAGAGUAAAAAGGGAAAUUUAUAAGGUAAAACAGGUUCAGAUAAAUGUAAAAUUCACAAUAAUGCUUUUGAUUGUGUUAGUUAGAAUUAUACAGACAGAAACUAAACAUUUAAAGCAUGUCCUUUAUGUAGGAAGGAUAGAAUAACGGAAUAGUUUAUUACAUUUAAAGAGAUUUAAAGUAAGCUUUAAAGUUAGAAGUCAUGUGAUUUGAUUAUAGAAUAUAAAAACACAAUGUUACCAUUAUUAAAUGAGACAGAAUAAUUAAGAGUAAAAUUAGUAUAAUAAGCUGAUGAAAUCUAUGAAAUUCUGUUAAAUGGGAUCUAUGAGUUAUUUGUUAAUUGUUUAUUUAAGAAAUUACCAAAUAAGCUUUUUACAAAUGAAGAUAUAUUUGAUGUAUUUAGUUUAAUAAUUGAACUAUAGUUAGUGACAGAAAAGACUAUAGAAGAUUUUAAUAAAAUAGUUAGCUCACAAAUGUUAUUUUAAAAUAGUGAUGAUUUAAGUGCAAUCUUGUUGACUAAAGUUUUAUAUAAUGAAUAGGAAGGAAAAUAGUUUAUAGAUGCUUUAAAGGAAGUUUAAGGAGUGAAAAAGAAAUUAGAAAGGGUUAAUAAUGAUUUAGAAAUAUAAAAGAAAGAUAUAUAGAAAAAGAUUUAAUAAAUGUGUAAAUAGGUAUAGUAUAAAUUAUAUUAAAUACAAUAGAGUGCAGUGGAGAUGCCAAAAAUAGAUUUGAAAGAACCUUCUUUAUAAUUUUUGAUUGAAAAAAAUAAAGAAGAUUAAGAAUAUUUAAUAGAGUCUAUAAAAGCAGUAAUAAUUAGAAAUUAGAUAAUAGAUGUAAGGAGUGUAAGAUAUAAUAAUUGAACCAAAUUAAGUAGAGAGAUAAGAAAAUCCUUAGGUGAAAUCAAUAAUUUCUAUAGAUUAAAGAUUAAUAGCAUAUAGUUCUGGAACAAGAAUAUUUAUUUUUGAUAAAACAAAAAACUUUUAAUUUAUAUUAUAAUUAGAUUGUGAAAAUGAUAUAUCAUCAUUAUGUUCAGUAACAUUAGAAGAUAAAAAAACAUAUAUAAUUGCAUGGUAUAAGAUUAUAUAUUAAUAAUAAGUGUUGAAGAGAAUGAGUAAUCAUUUUAAUUGUAAUUAUGGGAUUGGGAAAACUUUGAUAAAUGGAAGGUAAUUAAUGCUCAUGAGAAAUAUAUUUGGUAGAUUAUAAGUUUACCAAAAUAUUUAAUAGCAACAUGUUCAGAAGAUGGAGUAAAUAUUAAAAUGUUAUUUAAAAGACAACUAAAAUUUUUAAUGCUUAAACAUAAUAAUAAGUAUAAAAGAUAGCUGUUCAUUAAGCAAGUGUUAAUGAUAUAGCUUUAAUUAAUCCAAAUAUUAUUGUUACUGUUUCAGAUGAUGGUACAAUUGUAGCUUCUAAUUUCUUAAGUGGAGAUUUUGUUGGAAUAGUUUCUUAAGAAUGUGAAAUAAAAACAGUGAUUGCAUUAGAUGGAAUUAGAUUUGUCACUGGAAAUAAUUCUGGAGAAAUAAGAAUCUAUACUUUUAUUUAAUCUAUAGAAAUGUAAUAAGUUAUUAAAGCUCAUUCUUCUGUUAUUAGAUUUAUUAGAAGAAUAGAUUAAAAGUAAUUAAUUAUUUAUUUAUAAUAGAUUAUUUGUUACUUCAUCUUGGGAUGGAACUCAUAAAUUUUAUUCUAUUUUAGAUGGAGAAAUCAAAGUUAUUAAUGGACCUAAAAAGAAUUUCCCUGAACCACUUCUUUGGAUUGAAGAAAUAGGUUGUUUAAUAGCUUCUGCUGGUGGAAUUCUUUAAAAAUAUAAAUGA